AUGUCUACGACUGAUUGUAAUCUUCCACUUCCUAUAAAAACUUUUCUCGAACCAAACGAGAUAUGGACUCUUCCUCAGCAUCGUUUAAAAGCACGUCGAACAAAUUUGAUUCCGACGAUUUGCUUCUACAAUGGUUCAUUCGCACCAAUCCAUGCUGGUCAUGUCAAUGUAUUACAGUCAGCGAAACAAUAUAUUGAUAGUUUAGGAACACAUGAAUUGCUCGCUGCGUACAUGUCUCCGUCACAUUCCGAAUAUCUUGCAGCAAAAUUAAAUUCAACUGAAUUUCUGAGUAUCGGGCAUCGCCUAGCUAUGAUUCAUCUAGCAGUGGAAAAUCUCGAUUGGGUGAUGGUAGAUCUGUAUGAAACUUUUCAGACACGCGCAACUCGUUUAGGUAUUAUCAUGGAUGGGUUUAUGAAACGUGUUCGUUCACAAUUGCCUGAUGGAAAUGAAAUUGAUGUAUUUUGGUUAAAAGGUGAAGAUGCUCUGCGUUUUCCUCCUAUGGAAAUAGCAACUCGGUUAGGAUUUCAACAUCUGUACGUUUUGAAUCGUAAUUCGAACGAGAAAACGGCCGGCUCUAAUCAAGAUAAACGAGAAAACCAAUGGCAAAAAAAGUGGACAUGCUCAUCGUUUCCCGAACGAUUUCAUUUAUUUAAAGCAACUGACCUGAACCUCUCGUCGACUGCAAUUCGAAGAUGUGCUAGCGAAGCUUCGGUAACACAUGAACAACUUCAACUAUGUACUCAUCUAGAUAAUAUUACAUCGUAUAUCUUACGGCAUCAUUUGUGGUGCAGCCGAAAGGAUGCAAUGCCUUUGGAUGUAUCGUCUGCGCCUGUAUUUUCGUACAAAAUCGAAGAUCUUACACCCGAAUCUCUCUCUGAAAUGGUUUCGAAAUCAUCAAACGUACCCGUCGAAAUAGUUUCCUACGAAUCAGAGAGGAUUGGCGAAGGAAAAGGCUGGGGUGGGCCUAUUUAUCGUCUUUUUAAUAUUCAAUACUCGUCAGUUCUCGACAAUAGCUUACCAUCAUCGAUGAUACUGAAAUUAUCGACUGGUAUCUGGAAUGGACAUGUUGCCUCAUCGGAACCAGAAUUCUACUUGAAUUUAGCACCUCGUAUCUCUCAUAUUCAAGUUCCACGAUUCUACUAUGCCGCGCGAAGUGCUGACAAUCCAAAUGCAAGUCUUCUUUUACUCGAAGAUCUCUCGAUGACUCACAAGGCAAUAGUUCAACGGCUACGAUUCGAUGAUAGAACUCUAUGUCUUCUUGUAGCGACAAUUGCUACUCUCCAUGCCGAAUUCUUCGAACAUCCAAUACUAUUGACCGAUGCGUUCGCAUGGCUGCCGUCAUUAAAUUCGGUAGUGAACUACUACCAACCGAAAUACACGCAGCGAAUCAAUAGUAAACCGUAUCAACGUUUACUAGAAAGAAAGCUCUCGUCCAAAGCAGUAGCAUACGCCAAUGGACUUUCGACAUAUAUACCAUAUCUUUUCCAAGCACUCAGUAGCGAACGGUUUAGUCUUGCUCACGGAGAUUUCUGGAAAAAUAACGUACUACUGCAAGAUGAUCAUCCACAUCGUUUAGUACUGCUCGAUUGGCAAACAUGUUGUCGGGCGAACGGCUUAUUAGAUGUUGCAUACUUCCUCCGACUGCUUGGUAGUGAACAAGCUCGUUCACUUGAACCGCAGUUGCUUGAAAUUUAUCAUCAGACUCUGAUAAAAUAUGGAAUUUCACGAUACAGUCUAGCGGACAUUCGUAAAGAUUAUUAUUCACUUGCCCUUCCGUACAUGUUUGUAUUUUUCGUCUGUUGGGAUGCUAACAGGCGAGAUAAGAUGAGUCAAACAGCGUUUAUUUUGGAAGAUAUUAUUAACUACAGCGGAAAACCAUAA